CGGAGGGAUUUGUAUACAAAAUACCCAACUUUUACAAUAGAAAAGGCGUCGUGGAUGAGGAUUUGCCGACGAGUUCGGCAAGUGUAUCUCUGCUAUCCUUCCCCGCUGCCGAUGAAAACCAGCUCUAAGCCGUUUCCUUAACAUCUGGGGCUGGCUCCCAGGCAGUGGAUGAAGCGGUCUCAGCGGCCGGUCAUGGUACAGGUCCGAGUGGCAAACCCCGCAUUAUACCGAUUAUGGAGGGGGAUGAGAUGGAGAUGAGCAAAGAGGAGCUCCAAAGGUGGAUAUCGCAGAAGGUAAAUAAGAGUGAGCUGAUUUCCCCAGACGUGCUAGAGAAGUGCAAUCUACUGCAGUCGCUGCUGGAAAGGAGGGAGAAACAGGCUGCCCACCUCCUGAAGCUCUGCGAGUCUGUGGCAGCAUGUGAAGCGACUGUGAAGAAACAAUACUCUUUGCUGGGAUGGGAGUACAAAGACACAGAUUCUGAUGAUGACGAUGAUAUCACCGAUUGUGGAGUUACACCUCCAUCACCAUGCAAGUCUGUUCUCUCUGAGACUCAAGUCCGCCGUUCUCCAGCUACUAAUGGCCUUACUCCUCUGUUACCAACAAGGCCGGACAGAGAGAAUCUGAAUAGAGAUAAUGGGAAAAAAAGCUCCUUUAGACUAAGGGAACCAGUGGUGGUCUUGACCAGGCUGCCUGAAUGUAAGAUCAGUGCUCUACGUCCGCCAACACCUCCGAAGCACGACAGUGAAAAUGAAUCCUCAAGCAAUUCGGAUUCUGAUAAGCAGUGGGAGCCAGACGAUGAUUCAAGUGAUUCCGAUUUUUCUAUCUCAGGUUUUAAGACGGGCUCAAAAAGGAGGAGAAAAAUAGAUCAAAUGUUUAACGUAAAACUUGCCAAGAGUCAUGCAACACUGCAGGCCGGCACGAAUACUUACACUAAGAGCAAUGCAGCGAAAACACCAGCACCCCUAGCCACCGCUAAAACUGGUGCAAACACUAAUGCAGCGAAAACACCAGCACCCCAAGCUGACAGAAAUACCAACUCUAAGCGCAACGCAACGAAAACAUCGACGCCUCCAGCAAACACCAAAGGAGUAACCCCGGUGUGCAUAGUAUCAGCUCUUUGCCAGUCCUCUGAGGAAGCCACCAAGACCCUUCCUAGUGUGCCACAAGGAGAGGUCAGUGUGAACAUGAAUGUCCUGGCCAGGAGGAGGGCCAUGAGCUGGCAACGAGGGAAAAUCAAGGAAAUACUAACAAAGGAAGACGGUAGGUUGAAAUACAAGGUUAUUUUUGAAGAGAAGGGCAAGAGCCUUGUGUCUGGUCACCACAUCGCCUUUGACUGCAUGCCAAAGGUGGAGCAGCUGUUUGUUGGUGCUCGUGUGGUGGUCAAGUGUCAAGCUGACCAGCCCCACUUCUGCCCUGGUGUCCUAGCAGAGCUCCCCAGCAGGAGAAACCGCAUGAGGUUCCUGGUCUUUAUUGAUGAUCACACACCAGUCUACGUUGGCUUGCCUUUUUUUCGCCUGGUGUGCAGACCAUUGACGGACCCUUUGGACGAUAUUCUAGACGACACCCACAAGAACUUCAUGAAGGAGUAUUUGAUGAGCUGGCCUUACCCACCCCAGACCCAGUACAAGGUUGGACAGUUAAUUAAUGCCGAAUUUAACGGAGUCCAGCAGAAGUGUGAGGUGCAGGUGGUCGACUGCAGCUUGAUACAGGUUGUUUUUGAGAAAGAUCAGCAUAAGGAGUGGAUCUACAGAGGCUCCAUACGUUUGGAACACAUGAUUAAUAUGAGAGAGCAUUUGGAGUUGAAAAGGGAGGACGCGCAGAAGAAUAAAUCUACCUCAGGCUAAGAACGGUCACAAUGUUGAUGGUGGCCACUGUGCUAAAAAUUGCCUCACAGCCCAGCGAUGCUCGUGCAGGCUUGAUUUGGACCACGGAUGGGACUCACAGGUGCUGCUGAAGGUUCUGCCUGUUUGGAGUGGCUGAAAACUGUCAAAGUGUCUUGAAACCAUAAAAGAUUGGAAUUGUUUGUUUAUAAGAAUAUUUGUUUUAUAGUUUUUGUGCUCUUAAAUAA